CUUCUUCGUCUUCUACUUCUUCUUCGUCUUGUUCUUUCUUCUUUUUCUUCUUACUUCUUCUACUACUCAUCUUGUCCCACUUUUCCUACGUGCUGGCAAUUCAAAUUUCAACGUGCAAAACGAAAUAUCGUCGAGCAAAGAAAUAAAAUUUCGUUUUUCAGAUCAUGGACGCCCUCUAUCCGAGUCUACACGAGAAAUUUAAAAUGGAAGGGGUCUGUCCGAUUUGCCUCUUGGAGAUGGAAUUAACACCAAGAUUUUCUUGCGUGAACGGUCAUACGAUUUGUUAUCGUUGCAAGCCACAUUUUUAUGGAUGUCCAACGUGUAAAUCAUCCCUCGACGUAGAGAUUUUACCUGAAAGAAGUGGUUCCGCACAUACUCCACCACCCCCCACUCAUUACUUUCCACACCCGAUACAACCAACUUCGCGUAAUUUUCCAAGUCCGAUUUAUCCAAGUGCACCGCCAAUGAACAGCAACGAAUUUUUAAAUCAGGAAAGAAGAAAUCCUUGGGGUAUGCCUAUACCUCCUGAGGAUCCUCAACUUUUGCCAUGUGCUUAUGCCUAUCUUGGAUGUUGGAUUAAAAUACCCCAACAUCUUCGAUUACUUCAUGAAUCCAGAUGCCAGUUUCGACCACACAUGGAAGAAAAUAAAUUACCAACGGAUCUUCGUCACGACCAGAGCGAUCUCGUCGAAUGCGUUCACAACGUCGUUGGUUGUAAAGUUAAGAUGCCAUUUUGGAGAAAGACCAUACACGAGAAUGUCUGCAAUUACAAGGAGAAAUUUUUAGCUAUGAACGACGUGAUCGAAAGCAUCGGUUGCGUUACGAUCGUCGAUGAUCCAGAGGAAUUGAUCGAUUGUAGAUAUAGAAAUAUUGGUUGUAUGGUAAGAAUGCCAAGGAGAAAAAAAUACACUCAUGAACAAAAAUGUAAUUAUCGAGUGGACGACGACGAUUAUCCUCGUCGCCAUAAUCGUCAAUGGGAGGAACCUGACAUAGAUUUCCAUGGAGGUUAUCCUGACAUAGAAUUCGAUCCAGAAGAGCAAGUUGAUUGUAAAUGGUACGAGUAUGGUUGUCGAGUGAGACCAAAACGUUAUCGUAAAUCGAUACACGAGGAAAAAUGUAAUUACAAAAUGGCAGAGUGUACGUACAAGCAUUAUGGUUGCAAUGCCGUAUUCGAACCUUCUAGAAAAUACGCUCACGAAAAUUCUUGCGGUUACAGGCCAUAAAUAGAGUACUUCUUUGAAUAGGAUUAAACGAAAGCGUGUUAAUACGCGAUAACGUAUAUGAAUUUAUCUUUGAAUAUAUAACUUAUAUAACA